UGCUGUCGACAGACGGAGACGGCUUGUGGUUACGCACAGUGAUUGGGCACAUUUGCUUUUAGGUUGCGGUUUACAGUCUCAGAACCAAGGAAGUUUCUGCUGUCGAUUGCCAAAGGAGUCUGUUAAUCUUUUUAAGUCUAAAAAAACUGCACAAGAGAAAUAAUCGUUGGAAGGCACUCGCGUUUUGAAAGGAGUCAAAAGCAAACCUCUCAGAGACUGGAAAGCCUGCAUGUUAAUUUUUUGCCUGCUUUGAAAAAAGUCUUUACUCAGCACAAUGGAUUUUGUGAUGAAGCAAGCUUUAGGGGGAGCUACAAAAGACAUGGGAAAAAUGCUUGGCGGUGAGGAGGAGAAGGAUCCAGACGCACAGAAGAAAGAAGAGGAAAGGCAAGAAGCAUUAAGACAGCAAGAGGAAGAAAGGAAGGCCAAACAUGCUCGCAUGGAGGCAGAGAGGGAGAAAGUACGGCAACAGAUCAGGGACAAGUAUGGGCUUAAGAAAAAGGAAGAGAAAGAAGCAGAGGAGAAAGCAGCAAUGGAACAACCUUGUGAAGGCUCUUUGACACGUCCCAAGAAGGCUAUUCCAGCAGGUUGUGGAGAUGAAGAUGAGGAGGAGGAAGAAAGUAUCCUUGACACAGUGCUUAAGUUUCUUCCUGGACCACUUCAGGAUAUGUUUAAGAAGUAAUGGGAAAUGGGAAAUACGGGGUUGGGGAGGGUAAACUAACCAGCCACAGUGCAAAAUAUAUUUUAUUUUGGAUUUUUAUCCCCUCAUUUUUUUUAUUUAUCUGAAGUUCAUAAUUCUUAAGGAAAAAAACAACAAAUCAAGACAAUGAACACACAUUAUUUCGUCCUUUAUUGAACCUUAGCAAGUGACAGAUUUCAUGAUGUCUGAAUAUAGACCCUGUUAUGAUUGAUAAACUGCUUUUUCAAAGUGUUAAUGAGAUGAGACUGUUUUGCAAAUUGUUUUUCUGUUUUAGGGCAUUUUCACAAAAGGCAAAGGUUUUCCACACACACAAAGCAAGCAGAUAAUAUCUUGCAUCUGACUUAAUGUUAUUUAAUUCAAACUCCUGCUCUUUCUUGUUGUUAUCAUUUAUAUCUUUAUAAGGCUAAAUUAGAAAAGAAUGAAAAUGAAGGAUAAAAGCAAACAGGUCUUUAGUUUAAUGAAUAAGCUCGAGCUAAGUGAGGUAUGUGCCUUCAUAUGUUUCCUGCCUUAGGGAAGGGGUGCUUAUAAACUAACCAUUGAUUUCUUUAACACUUAAACAUCUCAACAUAAUAAUACGGUCUGUGUAUGUGUGGCGGUUAAAAAGUAUAAAAUGAAAGUUUUGUUUUUCUUGUUUAUUACACAGUACUGAUGUCUUUAGUUUACACAGAAAAAUAGUAACAGUUUUAAAAAUUUGCAUUGUGCUUCUGUGGAGAGCCUUUGUUUGCUAAAACAUAUAUAAUUUCAGUAAAAUAUAAGAAAAUGUAAGGAAACAUUUGUUAUUAAAAUGACAUUAUUUCAGUGCCUCCUCAAAUAGAAAAUACCACAAAGAGGACACUAAAGCUGUUUUCACUAUGAUGCUUUUCAUUACUUCAUUACUCACUUCUUAAAAUUAACAGCAGUAUUAUUGGUUUAUUUACAUUUAAUGUUUAGUGCUAAUGUGCACUUGCAACAUUUUUUUAAAUAUUUUCCCGUUUAUUUUAUGUUUUUAAGCAAAUUUAAGUUUACUUUGCACAGCAAGCGUAAAUACGGAACUGUCAUCAUAAAUCGACUACUAUCAUUUGGUUUGCCGCUAAUCCUAAAAGUUGUUUUGGGGCAAUGCAGAAAUGAUUUCUAUUAAUCUAUUUUUAUCUCAAACUAAAGUUUAUAGAUAUGCCAACCAGGCAGUUAUUGAAUUAUUAAAGGGUAUGGUCAUAAUAACAUUUAUUGCAUAUAAUGUACUACAUUGCUUUCACGUGCAGAAUGCCAUCGUAAAAUGUUAAAUAUCUAUUUUAGCUAUUUGAGAAGAAUGACCUUUUUUGUUGUGAUGAAAUGCAAUGGAAAUUACUGACAAUGUAAAGGUGUACAAAUGUAUUAAAUCAACAUUGAAAUAUUCCAAAAAUAAAAGAAUAAAUCAAACAGCUCACAAAAGGUAAAUAAAAUGAUAACUUAAGAAACACAUAGCAAAGAAUGUCACAAAGACAACAUCAAGAAAUUCCUCAAAAAAGCAGGAAGCCCUUUCAACUCUCCUAAUACAACCCACUUCCUUUAAACCUCAAGCACUGCUUCCAUCUGCUGCUAGAUUAACUGUGUGUAAGCUGACAGAGCGCAUAUGCAAGCCUUACAGCAGCCAGGAUCCCAAAGUAUUUUAGUAAUGCAGAGGAACAAGUGGCCUCAUUGUACUGUACAUUAAUACACAAUAAAUAAAUAAUUACUAAAUCAAAUUAAAACGAAAUGAAACAAAUGAAACACUCCACUAACGCCACCAACAGUAAAACCUCACACUGCCAUGUUGGACGUUUUCGAAGGUACUGAUUGGCUAUCAGUAUAGAUAGCAGUAUGUUCUUAAAGGGAAUUGAGUUUUAUCACAUCCUAAAAUAAAAGUGAUCUUCAUACACAAGACGUUGUAAAAAUUCAAUUAUGGCAAAUUGAAAAUUUUCAUAUGUAUUUUAAAAACAUUUUUGUAUGCCAAUGGCAAAACUUAUUUGGGCAAUUAUGAUAUUAUUUUUUAGAAUUAAGUGUACAGUAAAAAGAGGCAUUUUUGCUAUACAGUUCAUGACAGUAUGUCGAUAUAUGAUGUCAGUUCUUCCUUAAGUGAUUAUGUUGCGAAAUGUAUACAUAGUAUGCUGCAUAUUUCUGUGUAUAUUACUUGACUGAUAAAUGUCACUGAAUAAUUCAGGCAGCUUUUUACAACGGGGAUCCUGCCACACAUGGUAAACUAAAUGAUUUACUGCUCAUAGGGAGUGUAAAUUUUUUAAGAAAGUUGCAAAACACACACGUCACAUACGCAAGGACAUUUUUAGAGCUAAAAUUUAGCAGCAUAGGCCUUCACACACAGAAACCACUCUGUAUCACACACAUGCACCUUUAAAUGUUUAUUUAUAUAGUAUGCAUGGGUUAGUUUUAUAAAAGAGAACGACAUUGAGUAGGUUUAAUAGUUUCAUUGUGAAAUUCAGAUGUUAUCGUAGGCUUCAAACAGAAGUGACCAACAAAAUGAUGCAGGCUUAGACACUGAUAAUGACUGAUAAUGAUGAAAUGUAAGAAGUUUAUUAACAUACAUUUCUGUUCCAUAAAAAAAUGAUAUCAUACCCUUUAGUGUCAAUGUUUACAUGCAGUCGUUUUCUUUAAAAUAAUUUUUAAAUAAAGUUUAAAAAUAAACCUGAUGACUUUAUACAAUGUAUUUUUUAUAUUUCAAUUUUGAUAAAUAUGCAUUAUUUUGCAGAUAAAACUUCCCAAUACCAAUUAUUUAUUUAAUUGUUUAGAAUAAUUGACAAAACAUUUUUAAAAUACCAAUUUUUGUAUUUAAAUGUUUGUUAUUUAAACAAACCCAACCACCAAUAAAACCUCCAACAUAUAUAUAUUUUUUUUUAAAUAUAAACAAACUACAGUAUAUGUACAGCAUCAAUUAUGUUGACAUCAUGGUGCCUCGUUACCACAUUAUACUGCAACAGAAUUCUUUCGAGACUGUCCAGAGGUACUAUUGUUUAUUAUUACUGUGCUACAUAGAAUAAAUCUACAAAAAAUAUGCCAAAAAUCUUUAAGUCUAUGAUGUAGAAUGUGCAUUUUUUAAAUUCAUUACACUAUGGUGUAUAUUCAGAGUAACAUCAAUUCAUUUUCAAAGCAUAUGAUUUACUAAAUAAGGUACCGAAAAAAAAACAGCUGGACUAUAAUAUAGAAGAAAUGAAUAUUUAUCAUACAUUAUUUGCGAAUAAUUAGUAUGUUUAUAGUGAAUGAAAUCGAAUUGCAUUACUUCUACUUUCUUACCGCCCUCAGACAAUGUGCGGUUACUAUACGUUCAGACAUCACUAAACUGGUUUGCCCUGUACGUUUGAAUCAAUUUGACAAAGACACCAAAGAGAAGACACGUUCCCUUUGCUACCACUGUAUCUGUGUAAAGCAGAACAAUCGCUCAGACUUGACUGAUCAAUUUGUAUCGGACAUUGAUGUUUUUUAGUUAAAAUCUCAGGUACUGGUUGUCGUUAUUUUAAACACUAUGCAGGUUAGUUGCUUGUGUUAUGUUAACCUCUUACCAUGUCCUGAUUCUCCUGCAACAUUAGUGAAGGAGUCUGUUUUCAAGUACAGUUCACACAAGAUGGUGAUUUCAUUAAAGACGGACAAGUCUAAGGUACUUUGACAAACUCUGCAAUCUUUAAAAGACUAAAUUGUACACUUUUUGAUAAUCACUUUAAUGUCUGUUAGUCUCAUACGGUGGUAAAUAAUGUCAUGAAAUGUAUUACAGAGGAACAACCUUUGUUUGAAAAUAUUUUUGCAUUUUCAUGAAGUUAUAUUUUUAUUUUUUGAAGUAGGGUUGUAUGACAUUUUUUUAAGUUUGCACUGUUUCUACUGAGUACAGAGAAUCACAGUACUUUUUAAAUAAAUUUAAUACACAAUUGUAAGCUUUGUCAGUGUAAAGUAUCUCGUGUGUUAAUCAUUCCAACUUUCUACCCUGCCAAGUUUUUAAUAACCAGAAAUGUUGCACAUUCCAAUAUUAAAUGCAAAAACACAAAAUACUACAUUUUCUAAAUCAUUAACCAUGUGGUAUACAAGAAUGUAUUGAGUAAAGUGUUGAAAUGUGUGUGUAUUAUUUGCUAAGAAAUGUAAGCCAUUUAACAAAUGCAAUAGUAAUAUCCAUUCUGCACCAUACUGCUUUGAAUAUUUGAUAUUAAGUGAUACACAGGAGUGUCGCAUACUGUAUUGGUGGAUCGAGAAGGAAAAGGUGAAUUCUCUCUGAAUUAAGGCAUACUUUAUACUUUGAAGGAAAUUCAACUAAAAUCAGCUACUUAGUGAAAAUUAACACUGAUUAUAUCAUGCAGCAAGUAUAACAGUAAUGCAGACAAUGAUAUUCAUGACCUUGGUUUAUAUUGAAUGUCACAUUUUACCAAGAUGGUAAACCAUACAUGGUAAGUUUACAGGUUUUGAAAUACACUGAGAGUACAUCCUAAUGAAUUAUGUAAUAUACUUUACUUUUCUUAUUCAUUGGUUUGUUUGUGAGAGGCAUCAUAACUUGAGUUAAAUGAAAUGUAUCACUUUGCUUGAUUAGAAACUAGGCUAGGCAUGGACCUGUGCCUGUUUAAUGAACCAAAAUUCCUAAAUUAUUGAUCAUGGUAUAACCGUUUGAUUAACAUGGAUAGCAUACUAAAACUGAAAAACCAAGGCAAUUUCUUCAUUCAUGAGAAAACUCUGUGUAGCCUUCAAAUCACAGAACACACUUUAUUUCAUACACAUAUUAUGAACAACAUGUGCCAUGCAGUAUAAUCUUAAUUUUAAUUCUAUCGAAGAGGCACUUACUGUAAAAAAAUGACAUGGGAAAUGAUGUACUGUAUACCUGGGUUUAUCAAGACAGUUUUCUCUAGAUGAGCUAUUUGUUCUAGAUGAUAUACUGUUAAAAAAAGAAAUAAAAACUGCCAUUUUGAAACUUUCUAAUUUUAUAUCAUUAGAACUGUUAUGAGAUGCAGUUCAGUUAAAGAAAAAAUAUUUCAUUUCAUAAAUUAUUCCUAAACGAAUAAGAUCUUUAUCUGUUUUCUUUUUGCUCUGUGGAAUUUUUUUCAACAGUCAAAGCCAUAUUGUUUAGAUUGCAAUACUAAGUAGAUGAAUGGGUUGAAAACCUGAAAAGAUAAUAGUUGUUUUCUGUUAUAUGUUCUCUGUUUAAAAAAAACAUUACGUAUUUACAGAUUGUGUGUGUGUGUGUGUGUGUGUGCGCACGAGGUGUGUGCAUGUAUGUGUGUGAGAAAGAAAGUUUUUACUGUAAACGUGACAGUUAUGAUGUCUUUAUGUGUACGUAUAUACAUAUAUACAGUAUAUAUACAUAUAUAUAUAAAUGUAUGUGUCUGUGUGUCUGUGAUGUUAGCUCCUGUUGUCAGACAUUUUGUCUCCAACCAUUGAUGUCUUUCUGUAACUUAAAACUGUUUCAUUCCAAAUGCAAUGCUUUAUAUAAACAGAAUAUAAGGAUGAUGCAAGAGGUAGUCACAAUAUGGCAUGGAAAUAAUCAGUAAACCAACAUUAUUAAGUUAAAAAGGUGGUUUAUAAAAUGUUGGUCACAUUAAGCACUUUAGAGGUUAGUUUACGUGGUAAAUAAUGUAUUCCUGAUAUGAUACACUAAAGUAAAUUUGGUUGUCUUUUCAUAUACUUUGGAAGACCUUUAUUUUCAGGAUAUUUCUGACUCUACACUGUUUUCCGAUUUACUAAAGUUACACAGUAUACAACUUAGAGAUCAUCUCCCAAAGAAGCUGCAAAGUCAGAGUGAGCUUCAGUCUCUGAAGACAACAAAUAUCUUAUUAAAAAAAUCCAAAGUAAAUCAGUGUCAGGAAAAUUUUUAUUCUGAUUCUCCCAUGCCCUACUAACCUAGCAAAAAUGUUAGUCUGACAGUAUUACGGCAGCAUACAAAUCCGUAAAAAAAUAAAGUAUUCCUUACCGAAUGAGAUUUGGUCAAAUAUUUGUCAUGAAUAUUUAUUGUUUUAUUGAAGAGGCAUCUUGUCGGUGCAUUUUACUUCUGUAUUAAUCAUUUUCUACCAUAGGCUAUCUUAAGAUUGUUUUUUUUAAUUAUUAUUUUCGUUAUUGCCCUUAUGAUCAAUUUUUAAAAAUGAUACUAGCCUAGGUUGGUCUGUAAAAUAUGAUGUGGUUGACAGAUGCAUAGAAGAGCCUGUUUUCUUUUUGAAUCGUAUAACAUCUGAGAGAAAACGUUACCUGAAAACUGAAACUGACUAACCACGCUUGUUGUUGUCGCUCACUAUAUCUGGUAUGAAAGACAAAUGAAAGAAGAUGUCAGUAACCUCACACCCAGCAUAGAUACAUUUUUGAUAAAAUUACCACAAAGAAAGCAAGCAAGCCUUGACUGAUAAAAGAACAUGUUCACACUAAUAUUUUAUACGAACAUGUCUUUCAUAAUGUAAGUGAAAGAUAUUCUUGUACUAACUGUAAGGUUUUAAUAAGGAACAAUUAAUGAUAAAGUAAAGAGUAGAAGGCUAGUAGAUUAAAUAUAGUUAAUCAGAUACUUACAUGCAAGGCACAUCCAAUUACAGUAACUUUACUUUGAAAAAGAUCACAAUAAAUUAUGGCAGAUCUUUAAGUAAAGACAUGCAACUUAAAACAGUCAGUUUAAGUUAAAGCUUAUAUGUGAUUUAAAAUGAGUCAUUUAAUGUACUAGAAAGGAUGUGCUAACUAUUCUGAAAUCAUAGUCAGUGGUGAAAUCAUAAAAAUAUCUGCAGAAUUAUUUAUUAUUGUCAAAUAUAAAUUUGUGAAACAGUUAUUCUAAGGUACUAAAAGAAGAUCAGUUACAGGAAAUGUUAAGCAACAAUUAAGUGAACAUCUCAUAACAAGUUGUCAUGCAUAUAUGUACCACAAUAAUUGUUUUCUUUUUUUCUCAAAUUUUAAAAACAUUUUGGAAAACAGCAUUCCAAGAACAUGCCUAAACUCUAAAGUAUUGUCAGAAAAAAAUGUAAAAAAUCUGGAUCAAAUUUUAUGAUUUUUAUAAUCAGUUUAUUACUGCUUUACGUUGAGAUGGACUGUUAGGAGUGAAUUAAUGUUUCCUGGUGAAGCCUUACACUCUUGUUUAAGAAUGAAUGUUACACUUUUACCAGAUGAGCCUCCUAUGUGCACAGUUCAUGGAUUGACCUUUACCACAUUUUUCAUCAAGAGCCACCAUGAUUGAUUAUGGUGCAGUAGUCCUAUUUUCUAAAACAACAUUUAGAACAACAUUUAGUUUUAGAUAUAGCAUUUGAAACCCCACUAUCUAUUAAAAUUUUCUCCCAUUUUCUGGGCUCACUUAUCUGUAGAAGUAUUACCUUGCACACUCGCAUAAGGCAGAACCAACUCUGGGUGGGCAACCAGUAUACUGAAUACUUUCAAACUGAACCCUAACAUGAGUUUAAUUCUUCUGAGUGAAGAAUGUUAUCUGCAACUUUUGACGUAAAAUUCUUUGACAGAAUUACUUAGUUCACUCAAUAAAAACAAUGCUAAGCAAUGAUGUGAUCAUCAUAACGAUAUAUAGUGCAAUAAAGUGGUUUUAGCUCUCAUUGCUUUCAGGGAUUCAGUUAUAAAUCAUCAGUCAGGGUUUAUGCGGGUAAGAACAGUAUGUUAUAGAAGUGUACACUUUAUUUAGAAGUUAAAUGUGGGACAGUCUACUUUUGACUAGAAUUGACUUCAGGGACGGUCAAAGAGUUGGGCAAAGGCAGUUCAUUUUAUAUAAUGCAGAGCAAAGCUUGACGUGUGUAGGGAAAGGAGGCUGUCAAGUUGGGAUGUGCAAUGCUGGGUUCAAAGCUAUUUGAAACACACGAGCAAAGCAUAAUAAAAUUGUAUUUAUAAAGUUGGCAUGCUUCUUUAUAAAAUCAUCACCCAAACACUCCUGGACACUGAUAAAUUGAUUUGCUAUUCAACAAAUAAAAUAGCAUCUCUUUUUCUGUCUUGAAUAAUCAAUCCAUUCAUUUUCCAAAUCCAUUUGUUGCAUGUCAUGAUCACGUGGGUCAGAGUCUAUGCCAAAGACAUGAGGUAUAAGGCAGGAAUUAACCCUUCAAUGGUCAUAGUCUGUCACUGGGUUUACUAACUCUUACCAGGUAAAUUUCAAUAUAAUAAUCAAGUUAACGCAUUCAUUUCUGGAAUUUGGAAAUAAAAAUGAGCAGAACAGACAGACCCAGGACUCUAGAGACAGCAGUGAUAACUAUGUGAUUAACACACUUCCAGCUAAUCAAGAACAUUGAAGAGCAUCUUGCAUGGACUGAAGAAAUAUGUCUUUUAGACAUUUUAAAUUACAAGAGGAGUGAUUGUGUGUUUUAAUAAGAAUCCCCCCCAUUGGUCCAAAGGUGUCUUGUACCUUACUGGAUUUCAGUCUUCAUGUUAAGGAUUCAUUGAUUUACAUCAUGUUUGCAUAAAACUGAAUUUGUGUAAUGUAUCAAAACUUAAAUAAACUGGGACAAAAGGGCUGAAUGAGCAACAGUAAAACCAGGCAGGUAUAUCACUAUGGUUUUCAGCUCAGAUUAUCUAUACAAACAAAUUACAUAAGAUUGACUAACUUUGGAGUUAGCAUGGAUUUAGACUAAGCAGACAUUUACUGUGACUAUUAUGAGAUGUACUGUAAAUAUAACCUGAACUUUUUUUACUUGUAGAUGUAAAGGUGUAGGAAUACAUACAUUUCUUCAUGAUCCCAUGCUGUUAGCACCAUUGCGUCUUAGCUUGAUCUGUGAUUCAAAAUGAUGUAUAAUAGUCCUUCAUUCCAUUUAGUAUUCGGUAUACCGAAUUGCAUGAGUGAACUGUUUUUUAUUGUGUCGGUCAGAAUUAAACAUUAAAAAUCAUUUAUUUAAUUUAAAUAAUAUGUAGCUUUACUGGGGAGGCUUAAUGAUGUACAGUAGUUAAAGAUUGUUCACUGGAAGUUCACUUCAGUUGUUUUUAGAGUGGCAGUACUGAGUAGUGUUAAAGGCCACAUUGUCCAAAAAUUGUUUAAACCAAUUAACUUAACUUUCCAGUGAAAGAAAGGAACAACAAAGAGUUUUCAUCACUCAUAAAACAGAUAACCGGUUCCCUGACGGCUAAAAAAGGAUCUCCCUCUAGCAGUUAUAGUACUUUGACACUUUUCUAAUGCCGUGACUUUUAAGUCAAGAACUAUAUAAUGUUCAAUUUGUAAAAGGGCUAUAUUCAUUUAUUUUACGGAAACUUUUGCUAUCCUGAUGCCAUCUAGAAUGAUGUGUCUUCCAUUUAGAUUCAGUGGUUGAUUCUUUCAUGUGCUUCAUUAACAUAAACUUCACCCAAAAGUGGUGAUAUCCACCUUUCAGUUUAGUUAAGAUGUGUGUGUGCGUAUAUAGUGAGGCCUGCAUGCCAUUUAGUUGGUGAAUUUUAAAUGGGGGAGAAUAAGGGUUUCAGCUGAUUUCAAGGCUCAAGUGAGACAUUAGAAUUUGAAAUGUUGUUCUGUUGGGAAGUACCGUAAUGUAAAGCCCUGUAGUAUAAAGGAGGUUUGUUUUUUUUUUUACACUAUGAGUCAAACAUUUGGAUACACCCAGAAAUUUUCAUGUUUUUUGGUAAAAACGGAUACCUUUUUUUAUCAAAAUACCUUUAAGUUGAAUUUUAAAGAUAUAACCAACUUUAGUAAUGCCAGUACCUUGCAACCCAAGCGUACAUAAUAACAGUGUUUCUGCAGUGCUAAUGUAAUUACAAAGGUUUCUCUAAUAACCAAUUAAUAUUUAUACAUCACUAAUUAAAGCUGAGGGAGUUGACAAUUAGAACACUGAAGGAAUGACUGGUAAAAAAUGUGUAUACAAAAACUGGACAAAAAAACUUUAAGUAGGAAUUGUUUUGCUUUUAUUUAGCAACAAUAUCUGCCAGUGGGGUAAGCAAAAUUUACUUGGCAAGAUUUCUUAAAGAUAAGCUAAAAAAUUGUAAAUACAAAUAUUUUGAUAAGUCGAUAAUUCUUACAAUAAGGAAAACAAGAUUUUAUGUCAUGAUAUAAAUACUUUUCACAUGCUUAGAUUUAAUUUUUGCAAUGUGGGCCUAUGCAGUCAUAUAUGAAUAAUAAAUUUAAAAAUCAUUCAUUAUAAGCAGCAAUUGCAAUUAGAAACACUUGUAAAGUCUUGGCUGUAUUUUUAAAAUCAAUUUAAUGAGAGUUUGAUAAAAAAGAUAUCAAUUUCUGUUAAAAACAUGAACAUUUCCUAGUGUGUCUAAACAUUUGAGUGGUUCUGUACAUAUACAUAUAUGCAGGAAAUUGUAAAGGGCUUCAUCAGCAGGAAUCUGCAAAAUUAAAAAUAUAAAAAAAUGAAAAAUUAAACUGAAAGACUCCACAGUAGAAAUGUUGUGGUUUUAACUCAUUUUAUUUUUUUAAAAUUAAAAUUAUUACUUUAUUUUUAUAUAUUUGUGCUGCAUAAAUCAUUGAUAUAAAUUAAAUACACUAAAUAUAUUUACAUACUGUAUAUAUAGUAUGUGUGUACAUACAGUAUGUAAAUAUUAUACACUUAUAUGUGUACAGUAUGCAGGCAUGUGAAGUGCAGUAUAUAUAGUAUGCAUAUUGAAUCUUUGUAAGAAUGCAUGUACUUGUGCUGCUGGCAUUGGCUCUGGCCCACUAUUAUUAAGCUGUUUUCAAAUGUUAUUUUAUUAUUUAUUUUAUUUUUACAUUAUAUUAUAGAUUUAUACAGUGUCAUAGUAUAUUUUGGGAAAUGCAGACAUGCCACAAUUAAAAAUCUGUGAAAAAAAAUGAAGAGAUCUCAAUAGACAUACCAACUUCAUGGCUAGCGUUACAGAAAUGGAAAAAGAGGUCAAACAGAAACACUGACUGGAUUUUUUGUUGCAAAUUACAAAGAAAAGCAUUUUUUGCUUUGUUGACAGAUCAAAUGAGUUCUUUCUAAAAAUGCAGAAAAUAUACUUACUGACCCAGUUCAACAAAACCUGUAAAAGUCCAUGCACGAUCAAACAAAAUCAUUCUUUGUGUAAAAAUUUCAUUAGCUGCCAGUCUAAUACAAAUUGCUUUAUUCGAUAAUAACAAAAAUUAAUUAAAUAGUACAAAGAAGAAUGCUGAUUAUUAAAAAAGAACAUUUUUCAAUUUAAAAGGAGCAUAUAACAGAGAUGAGUUAUGUCUUGAAAGGCAACAGACAGAGUCUGCAAAGAUUUUCAUGUCUCCACAACAGGACUAACAUUUGUUCUAAGGGAGAAGGGCUGGGAAACAUGAGACAUAAAACUAUCACGGGAGUCCUAAGCUUACCAACACAAAAACUAUAAAAACUAUACUGACACCACCAAAGCCAUUUUGUGACUAUCUGGGUUAUUUUUUUUUUAACUUUAUAAAGACUGAAAAAAAAAUCUCAUAAUUAGAUUUCUGUCAGCCUAACACAGCAGUAUGCUAAGUGGUAUGUGAGUUGUCUUAACAGAAGCCAUGCUUGUAUCUCUAAUGUUUGAAAUACUUUAACAAAAAUAAAUGUAAAGCUAAAAUGCACACAAAACUGGAUUGUGUGAAAAGUAGGGUAUUGUACAAAUGUUUAUUUUAAUUAUGUGAUGCUUUAAUAGGAAAGACUGCUGAACUCCUUUAAAGUUCAGUAGAUCGUGUACAUACUGAAUCCUUUCAACUUUAUUAGCUCAUAUAUGGCAUGUAGCACAGAACGGUCCUUCCAUAAACCCUGCCAACCAAGAUGCUGUUAUUUUUCUUUGGUUUAAGAUUUUCUUUCUUUUUUGGAAAUCAAGCAUUAUUUUCUCCAAAAUGGGACCACAAGUUUUAAUACCGGAAUAUAAAAAAUAUAAUAAAAUCUUUUACCUUUAGAAGAAAUAAAGAAGCUUGAAGCAUGCAUAUCAGUGUGACGGCUCUCACUGAAACACACAGGUACAAUUCCUUCUAAGUGUUUCUUGACUUCCUAAGUGAUGUAUUUUUCCAGCACAAUCACGCUGUAAGCAGUUUGUAUUGAAAUAUAAAUUGCAUUAGACAGAAAAGAAAGGGCCAUAUUAUUAUCUGACAAUAUUCUUCAGUACAUUCCAAUUUUCCAUAAGCACCAAGUUAAGCCUUUAAUGGAUUGCUGGAAAUGUUCUCCUAGUGUAUGUUCUUAUCCGCUCUUACAGGCACAGGCCUGGAAUCUGCACAAAAUACUUGUACAUUCCAGAAGUCCAAACAUUUGCCCUUAGAAUGUCUUUCAGCAUGGCUCUUAACCAAAAAAUGCCCAUUUUAACGGAAGGUUGAAAGCCUUAAGAGUUUCAGUAAUUUUCAAUAUUGGCCAGUAAGAGUUUCUAAUAAAGUUGAAAAGAGUUCAGUCAGGGUGUUUUGUUAUUUCUGCUUCUGGUGGGGAGAACAUUGCAAAAAGUUGCUUUACUCAGAUCAGCCUUUAAAAAAUAUUUUUUCUCUGCAGUUUAUUUUUUUUUUUUUUCAAAAUGUAAAAUGUGAACUUGAAAAAAAUUCACUGCAUGUCAUAUACUGUAUGUGGAACUGCAUUCAAUCAACAAAUACCACAAAGUAAAUAAAUAGAAGUCUCAUACCUGUUGAAGAAUAAAAAAGCAAGAUAUCAAUCAAUAAAUGAAUAAAUAAAAUACAUUAUUUCUUAAAAAA